AUGGUCGAUUGUAAUGAUGUUCUCGGAUGUGAAAAUGUUGAGAGCUCAGGGCACCACGGAAGAAAAGAUUUUCAUAGUUCAAAAGUUCAGUGGGAAAGCAGGAUGCUUCAAUUCUCUGUAAAACACUACAUUUUAUUCUCAUUAUCCUCUUUUCCUCGCGCUUCCACUUCACCACCAUGCUCCACUCCCACCACCUCCUCUACCAUUUCACCCCCCUCCCGACUCGCGGAGCUCCCCGACGAUGCGGCGCCGCCGCCGCCGCCGCCGCCCCCGGCGGAGGACGACGGCGGAGGGCCCGUAGAGCUCCCCUCCUCUGCCCCCUCUACCAUCUUCGCCGUCGACGACAACCCGUCUCCGCUCCAGGUCGCCACCAGCGUCCUCCUCACCGGCGCCAUCUCCCUCUUCCUCUUCCGCUCCCUCCGCCGCCGCGCCGAACGAGCCAAGGAAUUGAGAGUGAGGUCGACGGGGUUGAAGAAGACGAAGGAUAUGAAGGAGGAGGCUUUGGAUAGUUUGAAGGCAAUGGGCGCGACUUCUAUUGACGCCGGGCCGCCACCGUCUCCGGCCCAGGCCUUCUUGGGUGGGAUCGCGGCUGGGGUCAUUGCGCUCAUCCUCUACAAAUUCACCACCACUAUCGAGGCUGCGCUUAAUCGGCAGGCCAUCUCUGAUAACUUCUCGGUUCGUCAGAUAACAAUAACAAUAAGGACGAUCGUUAAUGGCUUGUGCUACUUAGCGACUUUCGUGUUUGGGAUUAAUUCCAUCGGCUUGACACUCUACUCUCUUCAGCUUGCUAUUGGUUCGAUUAUGGACGGUGGCUCCGGUAAGUCUCCAUCUUCUAAGGAAGAAGGUGAACAGCUGAAUACAAAGGCUUCUGACGAAAGCUCUUCGGAAAAUGUGGAAUCCGCAAGCAAUGACUUGCAGCAGACUUCUGAUAAGAGUAAAAAUUGAUAAGAAUGAUGAAAGGAAAACUCUGGCAGUAGAAGCUUAUUUCCAUCUUUCCCUGUAAAUGAUUAUCACAUUAUUCAUUCGCAUAGAUGAUUGACGAAAUUCCAGCGAAACAAUGUACACGGAAGAUAUUUUGUGCAUCAGCCGCUGCAGCAAGAGCAAGCCUAGAGUUUACAAGAUUUUCUUCUCUCCUUUUUUUUUCCCCAGUUUUACUCUUUCUGUUGGACACUGAGGAAGAGGCUGAGUGUGUUGUACUGCCACUUUCUGUAACUCUAUAGUAUGUUGAUGACAAUGUCAAGCUGGAACCAUAUGGCAUCUGAAUCCGAAUCCAAUAAUCGGUGAUGAUAUCAAGUUGGAUUCCGAUCUAUGUAUUAUCUGAGUUACAUCCUGAUAAGCUAUUAAAUCCAUGGUUUAGGAUUCGAAAGCA